AUGGAUACGGGUACAUCUGUAUUACCAACUCCCAGAAUGACACCAAUCAGUCCGCAGAACUUUACUCCCAGUCCAAAGGACCUUACACCAAGAAUGAAUGAACCGAGUAACUUCACACCGACAGAGAAUUCGCAGGCCAACUUUAUGCAAACAAUGAAUCAGCAGAGAAGCUUCAUACCAGCCAUGAAUCCACAGAAAUCCUUCUCUACUCCAGUUACGACCCUACCGGAUUGCGGUGUCGACUGUCCCAACGCCGUGACAGAGCAGAUCCUCCUCAACAUCAUUGAUGGCUCCUACCGAGACUGGGACAGAAUUGCUCGAGACUGCGGCGAACGCAAAGAGGCUGUUAUUAAUCGCUGGAAUCGGUUGGUCGACGAAAGGGAAAACAUAGCCGAAAAUACUGCAAAGGAAAAAAGUGCCGAGGAAGCCCAGGCAGAUGUCAGACUACUCUUGUGCUUUCUUGGCCUCAGAUAUGUGUCCCCUAGUGCAAUAUUGGAUCAUAAGGGCGUCCAUAUGGCAGAUGUAAAAAGGAGAUGGCACGAGAGGACUGCGGCAAAGAAGAGGAAGAGAGCUGAGAUGGCGAGUUCUGGACCGGUUGAUGUGUUUCAGGGUUCUGAGAACACUGUAAACCAGCCGAGUACCAUGGGUAUGGAUAUGAAUUGGUUUUCCAGAGCUGGAAGAGUAGUGGUCCCAAGUGGAAGCGUUGCCGCGCAAGGGCAGAGUAAUCAGCUGGGACACGGCGAUACGCAGGUGCAUGGGCAAGGAUAUGUCCACAUCGCGUCGUACGGAAACAUGCAACAAUUUGGAAAUAUGCGUCACUACGGAAAUAUGCAACAGCAUGCAAGUAUACAACAAUCUGGAAACGUCAAUCAGUACAGAAACAUGCACGUCGAUGGUGGGAUGGAUUGGUCUUAUAAGACGAGGAGAGGCGGGCCAUGA